CCAGCGAGAGGGGAGGGCUGUUUUUGAUGAGAGCGUGUGUGUGUAAGAGAAAUCUGUCACAUUCAAACACUGUUCUGUCUCGUGUGCCACAGGGAGAUGGAGGGAUGAGCGCAGAAGAGAGAAGAUAGACAGAUACGACGGAAGAGGACAAGUAUGUGAGGAAGGUCACUUCACCUAUGGAUCUGCCUGCAGGACCUCAUGGACACAGCAUAUGCACUGACAUCUCAUCACAGACCUACAUGACACUGUAGAGGUUGCAGGGUCACGCGGGAGACGAAUCACCCAGGUCAAAGGUCACAGACUUACACUCUCCCAGGUUGAGAGAGGGAACCGGCGAGGACAGUGACAAGCCAAGGUCUCGGGGUCAACCAUGAUGACAUCACACGGCAAGCUGAGGAGGGAGAAGGGCAGUCUGGCCGAGUAUGAGUCGCAGAUGAAAGACCUGCGGGCUCAACUGGGAGAGCAGAUGAAGAUCCUGGACUCCCAGGUGGAGGUGAAACAGCAGCAGCUCUCAGACCUCUCAGAGUUCCUCCGUCGCCGUGGAGACAUCGAGUCGGAAUACGCCCGCGCUCUGGACAAACUCACCGAGAGGUUCACCCACAAGACCAAGAAGAAGGAGCAGUGGGGCCAGUCUGUGUGCCAGGUUUGGACCGUCCUCCUUACACAGACACGGUUGAUGAGCCGGGAGCAUGCCUCUCUGGGGGACACCUGCUGUAACACUCUGACCCAGAGGCUAACACACAGCACUGAGGACACACACCGCCUGCACAAGAGGAGUAAAGAAGUGGGGACCCAGAUGCAAGAUGAGCUGCUAAAGGUCACCACUGAGCUUCAGACUGCCUUAAAGACAUACAACCAGUACCACACAGACUGUCUGAUUGCUGAGGGGAAGCUCAAAGAGGCAGAGCGAUUGGAGGAGAGGCAGACUGGCAAGUCAGCUGAGCUCGGCAUCGGCCAAUCAGGAAGCCAGAGGCGGAGCUCCGUCAAGAAGAUGGAGAGAUUAAUGGAGAAGAGACAUGGCCGAGUGCAGGAGACCCAGCUCAAGUGCACUAAAGCUCGCAAUGACUACCUGCUGAAUCUGGCAGCAGCCAACGCAGCCAUGAACAAGUACUACCUGCAGGACGUCAGCACGCUCAUUGAUUGCUGUGACCUGGGUUUCCACCAGUCUGUGGAAAGGGUGAUGAAGUGCUACCUGACCAAUAGAUGGCGCAUUCUUAAGACAGAGGAGUCUGGUCUAAAGCAGCUGGAGACGGCUGUGACCUCCCUGGAUCAGAGUGGAGACAGAGAUGCACUUCUGCAGCAGCACGACACUGCCUUCUGCUUGCCGUUUAGAUUCAACUAUCACCCGCAUGAAGGAGAUCAGGUGUGCGAGGUCAGUGCGGAGAGCCAGGUCAGGUACGAGCUUGAGACCCGCUUCCAACAGCUCCAGUCUCGACUCGCUGCUGUUACCCUGGAAACAGAAGAGAUCAGUAAAACCCUCAAAGCUACACUUACUGCUUUGCUGGAUAAUAUGGGUGACAGUGACAGCAAUCCUGCCCCUGAUGUGCCAAGCAACCAAUCCCAUGAGCCGCCUGGUGGAAGCACUGCCCCCAAACUUGCUCUCGCCAAGCGCAGAGCCAAUCAGCAGGAGACAGAGACCUUCUAUUUUACAAAAGUUAAGGAGUUCCUCACCAGCAGCUCCCUGUCCUCCAAACUUCAAGCCAAACAUGAUCUUCUACAAGAUGCCAUACAAAAAGCUGAAGCCGUCAAUAGUGACCCUUCCAGAAGUCAAUGUGCUCGGUCAGUGCGCGUGCGGAAGUCCAGGCCUGUCUCUCAGUUCUGCCACUCACUCUUCAGCACAGACAUUCUCUCCUACAUACAGAGCUCUGGGCAGCAGAUCCCUGUGGUGGUUGAAAGCUGCAUUCGUUUCAUAAACCUUCACGGUCUGCAUCAUGAGGGGAUAUUCCGAGUCCCUGGCUCUCAGAGGGAAGUCAACCUUAUUAGAGAUGCUUUCGAGAGAGGAGAGGACCCUCUGUCGGACAGUGAGUGUGACCUUGACUCAGUGGCCGGGGUAUUGAAGCUGUAUUUCAGAGGCCUGGAGCCUCCUCUGUUUCCUUAUGACUCCUACAACCAGCUGCUCGAUUGCGUCCAAAUUGAGUCGGUGACUGAAAAAGCUGCUCAGAUUAAAGCCAUUGUCUCCUCAUUUCCUCGACCACUGCUCAUCGUGAUGCGCUACCUUUUUGCUUUUCUGAAUCAUGUGUCCCAGUACAGUGAUGAGAACAUGAUGCAGCCCUAUAAUCUGGCUGUGUGCUUCGGGCCCAGUCUGCUCCGAGGGGUGGACUCCGAUGAUGCAGUCGCUCAGCAGCCACAGGUCAAUGAGCUGGUCAAGACCAUGAUUCUCCAGCACGAUGUCAUCUUCCCCAGCCAAUCAGAGGUGCCCGGGCCAGUCUACGAAAAGCACAUGACGCUGGAGCAGGAAUACUGUGAACCAAUAACUGAAGAAGGAGAUGGGGAGACAGAACAUCUGCCUAGUGAAGAAGAACUGGAGGCUGUGGCCAUGUUUGACUAUGUGGCCAGAUCACCAGCAGAACUGUCCUUCAAGCAGGGAGAGCUUUUGAUACUCCACAGCAAAGCCUCCUGUGAUUGGUGGAGAGGAGAAGUGGGUGGAGUCAAGGGACUCAUCCCGCACAAAUACAUCAGCCUGUUGGAUGGGAUGGAGCGAGGAAAGAGGGAUGAAGUAGGAGGAGGGGGAGGCAGCACCGGGAAUCUGACAGUCGAAGAUCCAAUGGAGAACCCAACAAGGAUGCGUGUGAACAGUGACAGUGCAUCGUUGCCGGGACGACAGAGAGGAAGUGAAAUCAGCCCAAACAAGCAACCCACUUCUCCAGCUACAAGACAUUUUCCAGUGUCCCAGGAAAGGAGGCACACCCUGGACACUCUGCGACAAGGAGGCUUCAGACCAACAGACAGACCGGGCUUUGUUCAGCCUGACAAGACUGCAAUUGACAAGGAGAUGAUCAGUCGUCAGAUGAACUCAGUGUUCAAAGAGCUUCUGUCCCGCCAGCCUGCAGUGCAGCCGUCUGCUCUGCCUGUCCCGCCUGCUGCAGCACCCCCUGCCUCCUCCGGCUCCACCACCUCCCCUCCUCUGCCUCAGCCCGUCACUAAGAAAGGAGGUUUUGGGCUCCGAGGCCGGGUCCUCUUCAGACCUGUUGACUGACAGCACACACUUGCUUUUUGACAUUGGUUCAACUCAAGAGGUUGAAGAUUCUUUAACACGUGUAGAAUAUCUGUGCCAUCUUGUCGAGUUCUUCUUGUUGUGUCCAGGUGGUCAUAAUUUUGCUCUGUGGACUUUUUUACAUCUUUUCGGAGAACCAUGUAAAGGCCUCAUCAGACUGAACUGAAGAGUGGACGUCAAACUUAACUUGAAGGUAUUGCGCUGCUCCCUAGUGGCAGGUCUGAGAUCAGCUCACCAAUAGUUUUAUUUAAAAGAAGAACACUGAUCUGGGGCCUGUGUCUAGGAGUGCCUUCACAUUCUCACCUUUAUGUAACUUCUGUGUAAAAACUGUGCUUAAUAAUUUUAUGUGAUUUUAAGACUGGAAGUGUUCAAAAGCAUGCAGCUUCAGAAAACACAUACGAUCAUCCAUUACUAUGUAAAAUGUGAAGACGGGGGUGUGGAAAUGCUGUUACAAUGCUCUCAUGAAAGGCACCCAUGCAGCAUCAAAUAGUCAAAGACUGUUGUUGUUUUUAUUGCCAGCCGCUUUUCAGCCAAUACGCUUCAGGGCAGCUGAAAUACAUUUAGUAAACAGAUAUAAUUUACCAGGUGUAGUGAGUGGAUCUACUUUUAAAGGUACUAAAUGCAUAGAUAGGAAUCAACUGCUGAGGAAACAUUCAAUUUUUAUCCCAUUUUAACACAUUGUUUACAAACCUAAAAAUAAUAAUUUCUUAAGAUCUAUGAAGGCAUUUUUAUGUCACAGCAUUUCUAUUCCCAUUGUUUACACAGUUCUGUAUAGAGCAUUCAUUCCCCGUCGUAUGUGAGCGUCGGCCUGGUGAAAGGCCAGAACUCAGGGCUUUAGAGUUAGAGACUAGCUGACUCAGGUGUGGUUACUGAAGGAUGAACGAGUUUCUCUUCACUCAGGGCUUUGGUCCACUCACUGGAAACUGUGCCCGCGCCUCCAGAGCCAAAAUGGCCCCCGUGUCAGAGAGGACAGCCAUGAGCCAUCCUCUGUGUUUAACUGUGAAUUCUGACUGAAGUAAUCUCUUCAUUUUUACAUCCUGGCCCUCGGAUUAUCUUUCUGCCUAACUCAUCUGCGAGUCUAUUUCUGAAGUGUGAGCAUUUUCACUGGAGGUGUGUUCAUACUGUGACUUUAACAGGAAAGGAAUAGAACCACUGUAAGGAGUUAAACAUCUGACUUUGAAUUUGUAUUAUUAUUUUUUUGUUGUUAAUUGACUUCUUUUACUUUUACAAAUAUGAAAAGGGGGCACUACGUACAAUUAUUUCGAAAGUGGUUACAUUUUGAACCAACUAUUCUCAUUUGGAGUUCCCUAUAUGCAGCCAUUGGUCUUUAAAUUCAUCCUUCUAACACUGCAUUUAUUUAAGUUUUUACAGUGGUUCUCAUUCCAAACUAUAACUUGGAGAGCAUUUGAACUGUUUUACACAUAUUGUUUUGUUGUGUUUAAUCUCAAGAGCAUAGAAAUAAGACAUUCUUUUGUAAUGAUUCUGCUUCUAUGACAAAAGUAACAUGUUUUCUGCAUCACUCUUUGCUGAUGUCAACAAAUGUACUGUGUCCAACAACUGUAUGUGCAAACGAAUAAAUGAACGAUGUAAAGAAAUGUUGCUAAACCUCUGCCUUUCUUUGUCCUGAUGCCAGUGUUGAGAGACUAGCCCACUACU